GAGAAUGAGUCAGUCAGUACAGCGGGCGGUGUGAAGUGUGAUUCAACCAAAUUCGAACUGACCACAGUAAGUCCCAGUACCCUGCUGGUUUCAAGAUUGCAUUGGGACUGGGAUUAAAUUAAAAACGACAAACAAUUUUCAAGAUGGCGGACAGUGAGGCGCUCCACAGCAGCUCUCCAAAUGAGACAGACGACGUUGAAAAUAGCGACGAGUUGUCAGCUCUCACGAGUGAAGUUGUCAGUGGCGUAGAAUCCAUCACCAAAACGCUUUCAAAGUUGGGAGCUAAUGAGCCCCAGUAUAACUGGGUGGAUAUUACAGAUAACUUUACAGCAGCUGCAUCCGAGCUGAAACUUGGUGAGCUUGUACAUGAUAACAUAUUUGGCUUGUUUGAAGCCAUGUCAGCUAUAGAAAUGAUGGACCCUAAAAUGGAUGCAGGAAUGUUGUGUAACAAAGCCAAGAAAGUUCUUCAAUUUGAGCCAGCAGUUAAGGCUGGCCUAGUGAAAAUUAAAGAUCUAUCUCCUGAUGAGCUUAUAGGUAUCAUGGAUGAAUUGUUAGCUUGCUUGGUGACAUGGCUUGAUGGACAUUCAUUGGUCCAGACAGUGUUCACAUGUUUGUACGUGCAUAACCCAUUCAUCAUUGAGGAUCCAUGUCUCAAGGCAUUCUGUAUAGCUAUCUUGAAGUCAUGUGAUACCAUCAAGUCUAUUGUAAACAGAGCUCAAGUAUUUGAGGAGGAAGAUUUUCAAGCAAUGACAUAUGGAUUUAAAAUGGCAACUCAAGUAACAGAGACAAGAGCAGCAGGUAUGCUUAAAGAAGCAGAAGAUGAAGUGGGCAGAAAAGUGAAGCCUCUGAAAACAACACUGAGAGAGGAACCAAACUGUGAUUCUGAGUUGCUGCAGAGCCAAGUCAAGAGAUAUGAAGCUGUUUUAGCAAGAUUAAAGUUCUACAGAUCAUUUUACCUCACCCUUGUUGCUCUUGAAAAGACAGAGGGUUCAGGUGUACCCACUGCCAAGCAGUUGUUAAACACUGCCCUAACUCUAUUUGAACCUAUUAGGAAGACUGUUGGAUUAGGUAUCCAACCCAUACCAACUGAUGAUAAUAGACAAGGUGGUAUAAUGGGCUUUGAACCACUUGUCAAUCAGAGGCUUUUACCACCAUCCUUCCCACGCUACACUGCUAUCUUUGGCCGCCCCCAGGCUAUUGACUAUACUGAAGCAAUGGUCAAACGAUUUCUCCACAUCUGUGAUGUAGUAAACUAUGGAUCUCUUCAUAUUAUUAUCGACUUUAUUUCUGAGUUCAGUAAGAAGCGUCCUUGUGUUUUAACACGAUCUUAUUUACAGCUCCUAGUGUGGCAGAACAAUAAUCUCUUGGGAAAAGCUGACACAAUAAGAGAUGCUAUUAGAGCAUUUAACAGUCCACCAUCAAUUGCUGAGAAGUCCUCUCUCAGUUCUAAUCCCAAAGCUAAUGACCUUGCUGAGAGCUUUAUUAGCAGAGCUGCCAGGCCAGUGAAAUCCAUUAUCCACGCUCUUGGUCACAAUCGUGCUCGACAGAGGGACAAGUUAGCUCAUAUCUUGGAGGAGUUUGCUGCUUUGCAAGACGAAGCAGACAAAGUCGACGCACAGCUUCAUACACUGCUAAUCAAGGUCGAACCUCAGCGUCAACACUUUGCGUGUUUCGGUUCGUGGGUGUUAUACCACACACUGAACAUCAUGAUUCAAUAUCUGUUGUCUGGAUUUGAACUAGAGCUGUACAGUCCACAUGAGUAUCACUAUGUGUUUUGGUACCUGGACUUUUUGUUUGGUUGGCACAUGACGUGCCUCAAUCGCGCUGAGAAGUUACUGCAGGCUCAAGAAACCGCUUUAGAGCAAAAAAGUGGGCGAAGUGGAAAGAAAAACAAAAAGAAAAAGAAAGCAAGUGAAAAAGCUAUUCAGGAGCACCAAGGAAUGUGGCACUUGUAUCAAGGAAUGAGACAUUUAUGUCAGGGAUAUCUCAGGGCUAUUGAAGGGUUUGAACUACAAGAUAAGACAAGGAAACCUGCGGAUAAGUUUGGUUCCGAACAGCUGCGAUUUGAGCGUCGUUUCCUGCCAUUUCAAGCAGUGGAUACACCUCAACCGAUGUACUACCAACACUACAAAGAGUACAGUAACAUGUCCAAGAUGAACAUGUCACAGAGUACGGACCUGUUUGUGAUGGCGUCGAAUUCCUUCCAGCAAGCAAAAUCGAUCUUUGAAGUGGUGAACAAUGUACAUAACGAAGUUGCUUUGUUGCUCAAAGUGACAAAGACAAAUCUUGUCGUCACCAAGCUUGCGGCUGGAGGUCACAAACGCGAUUCUAAGAAUCCUCCAGAGUUUGACUUCCAAUGUCACCGAGCCUUUCCAAUCAUAAAACUGAAGUGACGCCGACCGCGACGAGAAGAAAGAUAACUUGCCAUCUUAACUUCAGGCGUGGUUGUGUGAGUCAUCAUAAUUCGUGGCAUUUCAUUUGUUUCCUAUCUAACUGGAACUUAUGAGACCUGAAGAAUUCACAGAACGGAAAUACCAUCGGCUUUCAAUCUCAAGCGAAAACGAAUGCAGUUUCUUUUUGCCCGGUUAAAUUGUCAUGUAAAAAAAUAAAGCUUAUUUAAUAACG